AUGGAAGUUAAUGUUCAAAAAGGAUAUACUUUCAAUAUGUUUGAUAAAGUUCGUAUAGCUAUCGAAAGAUAUGCUACAGAAACUAGCACAAAUUUGAUUUUGGGAAAAAUGACAAAAUAUCCAAAUGGCAGUAGUUAUAGGCAAGCAUACUUUUUCUGCGAAAAACAGGAAAGAUAUAGUGGAAAAAAACAACAAUAUGUACUGGUUGUCCUUUUGUUUAUAGUUGUGUGCAAAUUUGAUCAAAAUGAUCUUGGUUUUACUAAGAAGCUUCAUAAUAAUAAGCUCUGUGGUCAGCCUCCUAACAACAAACAUAUUCGUGAAAAUGAAAAAAAUGAAGAAAAUAUUAUGCAAAAAUUAGACAAAAAUAAUAAAAUAUCAUAUUUGCCUGAUACAAAUGAUACAAAUGUUGAUCUAUGUGUUUAUGAUCCAAAAAGUGACACAAUUUUUGGGGAUGAAGAAUGUUGGCAAAAAAUUAAAACUGAUAUGAAGUUCUAUUUGAAUGAGCAAAAUGAUCUUUAUAGCAAAAAAUUAGAAUAUGAUGUCAGUCAACUAGAUAAAGUUUUAUCUUAUACUUCAGAGAAUGCUUCUAAAAAAUACUGGUUUUAUUCAUCAGAAUGUGCACAGCUAGCAUCAGAUAUAUUCAAUGCACCAGUCAUUGUAUUGGCUGCUGAAAGCUAUUUCUUCAUGCCAUUUAAUCAAGAAUCUGGUUUUUGCAAAAUACCUAUCAUUCUUCAAUGGCAUA